AUGGGUUUUUCACACAAUGGUGAUCGUCCAUACCAGAGAAAAUUUAGAGGUGAUUGGAGAGGUGGUAGGAGUGAAAGGUCAUCAGUAAUUCUGACUCCACCUCCACCGCUUGGUGAGGUUCUUGCAACUAUCGAUUAUCAUGAUCUGGAAGAUUCCACAAGUGAAUCUCAUCAACCGGUCCAAAUCACCAAUACGCAGUAUUUGACUUCCUACAAUUGGGUCAAUAAAGGAGAACCUACGAUCAUCGUUCCAGAAUCUCUUCCUUCAGGUGAGCCACCAGCAUGGACGCCGCUUUCUCAACCUACUCAGCUACGUGCAGACUCCGGUGUCUACUUUCGGGACUUAAAUUCGGCACGAUAUCCCACACAUCCAUUGGAGCCGAUGAUUCAAGCCAUUCUGGUGGACAAACCGGAUUUUUGUGUUAGAGAUUUGGAUAUCGUGGGUUGUGGCAGCACACUGGGAAAUCUAUUGAGAUUUGCGCGCGGCAAAAGCCCCGCAUUUAGAGUGCUGAUCGAGGUCAUCGGGAACACGGUUUUCUUCCGUAGAAGGGAGAAUUCACCAAAAGAAACCAUCCAGAAUAUUCAAGGGUUUGGACACACCUUUCCAGAGGCAUACACAAUGUGGGGUGAAAGUGUUCGGAAAUCAGAGUCUCAUCAACGUCUUAUCAACUUUGACUUUGCCAACAUGAAUUGUCUAGUGCGGUUCGAAGCUGACGGUUACCUUCCUGACUUGAUCCCUGGAGCUUUGAAGGCCAGACAAAACCCUCUCUCUAGCAAAAGCGAUAUGGAGCCGGAAGAUCUCUUGUCUUCUAUCCAAGGGGCUGCGAUAUCGACCGUUCACCCAGCCAUCACUCAGAAGGAGUCAGGUCCUCUGAGAAUCUUUGAGGGGGGUCGCUAUAUUCCACAAUGUGCAAUUUUCGACCUUAAGACGCGUUCUGCUCGGAAAGCCAACAUCGAUACUCUUUCAGAAGAGAUGGCUCGGUUGUGGAUCAGACAAAUCCCAAAUUUCGUGCUCGCAUAUCAUAAGUCCGGGAAGUUCGACGAUAUCCGAGUCCAGGAUGUACGAGAGGAAAUGGAGAGAUGGGAGGAAUGUCAACAGCCAGGCUUACAGAAGUUUGCCACUUUACUGGAAAUGGUCAUAUCCUUCGCUCGGAGCACAGAAGAUGGAAAGCUUGAAAUUGAGCAUGAGGAGGAGGGGAAGGAUCUGAAUCUUCGAAUUCCAGGUGGAAUUUUCGGCAGCGUCUUGCCGCCAGCUUUGGCAGACAUGUGGGACAUUUAA